UUGUAGUUUGAGAAGAAAUAAUAACUCAUCUUAAUACCAAGCAGCCACAACCUUGGCUUGAAAUUGAAGCCAAUGCGGAGGUCCCUUGAAGUGCAAUACCACUGACGGUCGCCAGAUGCUGGCUCCAAAAAGUCCCUGGCUCCAAUAGACUCCCAUUCAAAAAACUUCUCUCUAGAAAUACUAGGGCAAUAGAUUUUUUUCAGCGAGUCAUUAUGGUCUCAAUCUCUAAAUUGAAGCCCUCCCAUAAGUAUGCUGGUGGUCAAUUUGGAAAUUAUUACUCCGUUAAUAAGGUUUGAAGACUUAUAGUAGCUUUGACGUUGACAAACUUGCCCCAGGUGCACGCAUGCUGCUCAUGAGCCGAAUCAUUCACAAUAAGUUUAUAUUUCACAUGCACACACACAUUCCUUGGAGGAACACACAGUACGUUCUAAAAUAAAACUUUGAACUGGGUUGUGCACCAUCAGGAGACCGUGAUGAACAUAAGGGACUUUUAACCCACAUGACAGUCAUUUUCAUUCUAGAUGGACACUUGCUUUAACCGCAGUCACAGCACAAAGACUAACCUUGUGAAGAAAACAGCAGUAGUCUCAGAAGAGAUGACCUCCCAAAUCAGACUGAGGCUGCUGCCGAGCGCCAAAUGCUUGUUCGAUGAGCCCGUUCAGGUGAAGGUGGCCGGGCUGAGGUCGAGGCAGGUGGUCACCAUGAGGGCUAGAUCGACCGAUGAGAAGGGAGUGGUGUUCAGCUCCUCGGCCACCUACAAGGCUAAUGGGAACGGGGAGGUCGAUCUGGAGAGAGACCCCUCACUCAGCGGGAGCUACGUUGGGGUUGAACCCAUGGGUCUGCUGUGGUCGAUGAGGGCGGACACCUUGCACAAAUUGUUUCAAAAAAACAGGUCACUAAACCCUCAUGUGGUGAAGUUUUCUGUGCAUGAGUUGGAGGGGGAGGGCAGGAUGCUAGCAGAGGCGACUAAUGAGAGGUUUCUAAUUGGAGACGGGGUCAGCCGGGUCCCCGUCAAAGAGGGGCGCUUUCAUGGAGUCCUGUUUACUCCUCCAGGUGAAGGUCUGUUCCCCGCUGUGUUGGAUCUGUGCACCUUUAUGUCUGAGAAGAGAGCCUGUCUGUUGGCCAACAAAGGGUUUGUGGUUCUGGCUGUGUCGGUGUACAAUGACAAGCCCGACAACAUCAAAGAGAUGCAUCUGGACUAUUUUAAAGAAGCAGUUGAUUUCUUACAACAACAACCUAAGGUGGGAAAUAAAGGAGUUGGUAUAUUAUCAAGAUCAAAGGCUGGAGACAUUGCACUUUCACUUGCUGCUUUUGUGCCAGGUGUUGAGGCAGUGGUGUGGAUAAACGGCUGCAGUGCCAAUGCGAUCACUCCUCUCUACUAUAAGAAGAGCAAAAUCCUCUCACCGCUGUUGAUUGACCUCAGCAAGGCGAUUCCCACUGAGUCAGGGGCCAUCAUAGGCAAGUAUUGUACUAACAAUCCUCUGGCAGAGGAGAACCAGGCCACCUUGGUCCCCAUCGAAAAAGCCAAGGGACAUUUUCUCUUUGUGGCUUCAGAGGACGACCUCAACUGGGACAGCAAGGCUUUCAUGGACCAAAUGGUGGAGAGACUGAAGCGUCAUGGGAAGGAGAACUUUGAAAGUGUGUGUUACCCAAGAGCUGGACACUUACUGGAGCCGCCGUAUGGACCCCACUGCCGCUCCAGCUUCCAUUUGUUCGCAUGGCAGCUAGCGAUGUGGGGCGGUGAGCCCAGGUCCCACGCAGCAGCUGAAGUCCACUUGUGGAAGAAGAUCCAGGAGUUCCUCAGAUCUCACCUGAGCUGUGAAGCUAUGAAGACUAAAGCUAAGUUAUAGAUGCAAAAACCAUGAUAGGAAAGAUUGAGGAACACAAAACAAUCAUGACAUCAUGACUGCCAAUUAACUGCUGUAUCAUGAAUAAAGAUUGAAUGUUUUUGAUUAUUAAAAUGUAAAAACAAAAUAGAAAAUAGGAAUUUGAGAUUGAAAUGACGAAUUGAUAUCAUGAAAUGGCAGUUUGAGCAUGGAAAGUGAAAUUGAAAAAGCCUGAAAUGGCUACAAAAAAACCCUAAUUGAAAAAAGAAAGACAAAAGAAAAACAACUACACUGAAACAGCUUUAAUUAAAAAUUAAUUUAAAAAAUCAUUAACACUGGACAUGGAAAAGACAGCAUAAUGUGAGACGUUUUCAAAAGUUGGCGACACCUUCAAAAUUUUUAAGUAGCCUUUCACCAAGUUAGUAGGAAUUUGUCCGCUCUGACUGAAAAUAGUCUUUUUGUAGACGUGGAAGUGUGGCUUGAAGCUGUGGAGGCACAGAAGCAAAUAGCCAAUCAUUGUUGGUAAAACCCAGAGUAACACUACUUUAAAAUAGGAAUUACACACAUUAAUCCUGUUCAGUGCCAUGCAGGGCUGGAGCCAUUCCUAGAAUUCAAAAGAAGAGUAUCCACUCUUUUUUUUUUUUUUUUUAAGUCAUUUUUAUAUAUAAAUAUUUAAAAUAUAAAUAGGUGGACUGUUAUUUUUAAAUUCUUUCUGUCUGUCAAAUAUCAAUAAAUUUGAAAUUUUUGCAACAUCAUGUCUAUAAUCUUGCCUGAAUUGGGACAUCAUAUAGUACAUGCCAUUGUAUGCCUGUUAGCUCUUACUGUAUUCAUGCAUAAAUAUAUCUUAUUAAUACUAAUUUCCCUCUCACUGCUAGUGUUAUUAUUCCCUCAGGUUGUCUCACAUAAAAAACUAAGACUACCUGAACAGUUGACCUUAUUAUUGUCAGACCUGUGACGUUACUCAGACGAAAGCCAAGUGAUAGAUUCAGUUAGGAUGACAGGAAAGAUUAGGAACACGUUACAGAAUCACAAUGUCAUGGCUGCCAGUUAACCUAAGAUAAUUAUACAUGUUGAAUGUUUUGUGAUGAAUUAAACUAUUUAAUGUUUGAUUGAUGACAGAAACAUAU